UAGCUGUCAGAAGUCAGCCAGCGCAGAGGACAGCUAGCAGGUAACAAUGCAGUUCCUUGGCCGGCUGUUGGACACAGUCUCCUCUGUGUCAACCCUCUUCACCAACCCCUACCGGGUCCGGGAUGUGCCACUGUCCGACUAUGGUGGAGGAGGCAAAGUCUUGCUGAAAGAGGAGGGACGCAUGGUCCUGUAUAGAAACAAUCAGUGCCAGUCAUGGGACUGUCUUCUUAUGUGCCCCGAGACGCCGACUGUUGUUCUGAGGCUGUUUCAGGUGGGGUCAGAGGAGGACGCCAUGAACUGGUUUCCGCAGUAUGCCCUCAAGCUUCGCCCCUUCUACGAGACACUUCCUCUGAAAGCUGAGACCACCCAGCCAAUUGUGGACUGCAUCCGCAACCACCCGGACUGGAGCUCUGCCCACAUUGCCGUGGAGACAGGCCUGAGGGAGUGUCUCAAACAUAACUAUGUGCAGAGUCAGAUCAACGCUCGGGAUGCGGCCGGUCAGACGCCGCUGCAUCGAGCGUGUGAGCGCGGUGACUCGGUGUGUGUGAAGGAGCUGUUGGAGGAAAGCCAGGCUCGCACGGACAUCAAAGACCGCAACGGGGAGACGCCCAUGCACAGCGCUGCCAAGCAGGAUUCUCCUCAAAUCAUCCAGGUCCUGUGCUCACGGCUGUGCUCGGGGGUGAAUGAGCUGAACAACAACGGGGAGACGCCACUCCACGUGGCCUGUCGCUUGGGACGCGUGGAGGCCGUCAAAGCUCUGUUGGAUGGUGGGGCCAAGUGCGAUGUCAUUGGCGGCAGUGGCUACCCCAUCCACAGUGCCAUGAAGUACAGCGAGAAGGGCUGCGUGGAGGAGAUCCUCAAAGCAGACCCGGGCCAGAUCCAGGCUGAAGACUCUUUGUAUGGAGGGACACCUCUCCACUGGACCAAAACAGCUGAGAUGUGUCGGAUUCUGCUGGAGCAUGGCUGUGCGGUGAACUACCUCAGUAAGACUGGAGAGACUGCCCUCCACAUUUUGACCAAGAGGGGUCGCUUUGAGGCGGCCAUGGUGUUGCUCACCCACGGAGCGAAUGCCAACCUGAAGGGCCAGGAUGGGAACACAGCCCUUCACCUGGCUAUGAAGAUGGACCACAUAGAGUUGAUCAAAGCUCUGAUCGUGUUUGGUGCUGAUGUGAAGAUCCACAAUGACCUGGGAGAAACUCCUGGACUCAUCGCUGCCCGCACCAGCAAAGGUCCUAAUAGAAAGAUACUGCUGGACAUGCUGUGUAGUGUAGGGGUCCAGAAUUGCCUCCCUCCCUCCCCCGGCAGUCCUCCCCCCAUCUCCUACAAGGCCAAGCCUCAAGGCAUAGGGUUUGAGGACAUCAUGUUUGUGGGGGCUGCAAUCGGUGCGAUGAAUAGAGGCAAAUCUGAAGUGGACGGCCCCAAAAUGGAGAAAAAGAGGAUGGACAGACUGCUGUGUCUGGAUGGUGGAGGUAUUAAAGGUCUCGUGUUGAUCCAGAUGUUGAUCGCUCUUGAGAAAGAGGCCGGUCGACCCACCAGGGAGCUCUUUGAUUGGGUAGCUGGCACGAGCACAGGGGGUAUCCUGGCCCUCGCUAUAAUACACGGUAAGUCCAUGGAGUACCUGCGCUGCUUAUACUUUAGGAUGAAGGAACAGGUGUUCAAAGGAUCACGACCCUAUGAAUCAGCACCGCUGGAGGACUUCCUAAAAAAAGAGUUUGGAGAGAACACCAAGAUGUCAGACGUCCAAUACCCCAGGGUGAUGGUGACCAGUGUUCUGGCAGACAGACAUCCGGGCGAGCUGCACAUCUUCAGGAACUAUAACCCUCCCUCCGUCCACAGAGAGCCCCCAUAUGCCACCACUGCCACAUUCAAGCCCCUCACCAUCCCACAAGAACAACUUGUGUGGCGAGCUGCCCGCUCCAGCGGUGCCGCUCCAACCUACUUCCGACCAAUGGGCCGCUUUCUGGACGGGGGGCUGCUGGCCAACAACCCGACGCUGGAUGCAAUGUCCGAAAUCCAUCAAUACAACAAAGCUUUAAAAGCAGAGGGCCACAGGGAGGAAAUCAAGAAGUUGGGUAUAGUGGUCUCCCUUGGUACAGGUAAACCCCCGCAGGUGGUGGUGAGCUCUGUGGAUGUUUUCCGGCCCUCCAAUCCUCUGGAGCUGGCCAAGAGCUUUGUUGGAGCAAAAGAGCUGGGCAAGAUGCUGGUGGACUGUUGCACAGACUCUGAUGGCUGUGCAGUGGACAGGGCCAGAGCCUGGUGUGAAAUGAUCGAGACCAUCUAUCACAGAUUGAGCCCCCAGUUGUCACAGGAGGUGAUGCUGGAUGAGGUGAGUGACGCAGUCCUGGUGGACAUGCUCUGGGAAACCCAAAUGUACCUUUAUGAGAAGAGAGAUGUCCUCCAAUCCCUGGCAAAUAUGCUACUGGACAACUGAAAGCACAAGAAAAUAAUAAGGAGAGGCUGUGAAGAUGAGACUGUGAGAGAAGAGGAGAUGGCGUAUAUGAGAGGAAGGGAGAGCCCUCUGAGUGGAGUCAAAGACUAGGGUGAUUAGACAAGGCACAGAGAGGUGUUGACGUUGCCCUGAUGUCACCUAUUGCGAUGCAAGUCAUGUAGCAUCAUGUGACCUUAUCACUGACCUUAUUAUUAUCAUGGUUUAUCAAGUUUACUGUUUGUACAUAAACCAGUAAAGGACAGAGUGUAGCUAACUGCAGCUAACUGUGUUUUUUUGCCCUAUCCAUAGUGUUUGGCAACAAAUAGAGUCAGACCAUGUUUGAGUCCAAUUCUGAUUGGUUGUGAUAAAACUAAAACACUUGUCAUUCUUCCUUUUGUGUUCCUUUUUUCUUUUCUUUUUUACCAAAGUAACUACAAAGGCUCUGAAUAUACAGACAUUUUGCAUGAGGCUAUAUGAUCAAAGGGACCCUGCAGUAUCAGUGCAAGAUCUGCAUUAUACUGUAGCAUUUGGACAAUGGUGAUUAUUAAAAGGUUCUGCCUUGUGUGUCUGGGACCCAAAUUUGUACCAUUUCCUUUCCACAGUGCAUUUGAAUGCCUUCUUAGGUUAUCUAUACCGACUUUAAACACAAUAUUUAACCUCACACUGAUAACUUUCUUGCACACUGUUACAUCCUCCUGGUGUACUGUGAAUGAGUUCUGGCACAUAUUUAACGUACUGUUUUAACAGGACUGGCAACUAGACUUGAAUUACCAACUUACUUGAAAGACAAAGAAACUGAAGACUCACCGUUACUUGCACAUUGUAAACUCGACGCAACAAAUUAUUUCUUAUGCUUUUUUUUUGUAUCUGGAUUAAUUAUUGAAGUGUAUAAUGGUAUGGUAAUAAAAUAUAUCAAUAUUUAC